GCAGUUGAGCGCACGAAAUCGGUCGAGUCUCUGAACGGCUUAAACGGUGAAAAAUAUAUUAAAUAAUAAAAUAUUCUUCAAACUAAGUUACAGUGCAUAAAAACAAAGUGAUGCCUUCAACUGUAGAACAUAACGAAAAAUCGCAAACCGCACCAGAAGCAAAAAAUGACGCGCCAGUACAAAAUUUCGAAAACCCCAAGUGGCUAACGGCGGAACUAUUUGAAAAAUUGCUUAAAGAUACCGUUGCAAAUUAUAAAAGUAUCAAAUGUUUCGAAACCAAGCCAGCGCUAGCACCUGGCGAAAACUAUGUCACAAUAAUACUACGUGUUCAUAUAGAUAUUGAAUUAGUAGAUGGCACGCCCAAAUCGCUCUCGUACAUAUUGAAGUUACCCCAAGAAGUCGAAGCAUACAAGGAUAUGAUGCGGAAACAUAAUAUUUUCGAGAUCGAGUAUAGGAUGUACCAUGAAGUUGUGCCCGAGUUUGAGCAACUGUACCGACAGUCCGGCAUUGAGUUAAAUUUUUCGGCAAAAUGUUACCAUAUCGAGGCACCUUCAGAGUUUGGCGUAAUUUUGUUGCAAGACAUGCGCCCACUCGGCUACAAAAACGCCAACCGUUUAGAAGGGCUUGAUUUGGAGCAUACGCAGGCGGUGCUUGAGCGUUUGGCGCAAUGGCAUGCAGCCUCUGCAGUGCGUGUCGAGACCAAGGGACUAUACCCGGAGUUAUUUAACAAAGGCAUGUUAGCCGCAGCGGGUGGCGAUUCUUUUACAAAUUUUAUAAUUUCAAUUAAAUCACACGUUUUUGAGUCUGUAAAGGCUAUAGAGGGAAGUGAAGCUUACAUCGACAGCGUGACAAAUACUCUUGAUAAGAUGGUGGGCGAAAUAUUACGCACAGAAGGUUACGAUUCAAGUGAGUUCAACGUUUUGAACCAUGGCGACUGUUGGUGCAACAAUAUGAUGUUUAAAUAUGACAGCGAGGGUAAGCUCGAAGACGCACUACUCGUCGACUACCAGAUGAUCAACUAUGGCUCACCAGCGAAGGACUUGCAUUACUUCUUAACCUCAUCUACGCGCUACGAGUUGAAAGUUAAUCGAUUCGAUUAUUUUAUAAAAUUCUAUCAUGAUAACUUAUAUUUUGGUGGAAACGCCGUAUUAGUGAAGAACUUGAUGCUUUUAAAGUACCCUAAAAAGCCGCCAACGUUGAAAGAUAUGCAUAUCGCAAUGUUAAAGCACGGCUUGUGUGGUUUUGCAGCGGCUGUGGGUGCAAUGCCAGCGGCCUUAUUGGAGUCCAAUAGCGAUGCUACUAUAGAUGGUUUUGUUGGGGAAACGGAGGCUGGAGCUCGAUUUAGAAAUGCCUUGUACACGAAUCCCAGCUUUCGCAAACACAUGGAAAUUGUAGUGCCUUUUAUGAACAAUCGUGGCGUCUUCGAAAUGUGAGAUCUAAGAAAUCCGAGUUGUGACUGAUUCUAUGUGUUCAAAAAUAUAAUAAACCAAUUAAUUCAUAAAUAGAAUAAAUGCAAAUAACUGUAAAUGAGCACA